AUGGAUAGAUUGGCGGAGGCGGCAACGACGGCGUUUGGGUUCGUGAGGUGGGAUGAGGUGUUUGUGUCGAGCGACAAAGGGAGGAGAGAGGUCCAUUACUAUCUGAAGCGAAGCGACGGGAGCUCAGAUCUGGCUGUGGUAGGCAAAGAGAAGAGCUUGCGGCACAUGUCCUAUCAUUACGCGUUUAGAAACCGAUCCUUAUUCUCUAUGUCUUCGCUUGUUAAGCUCAAGUCUCGCAGGGAGGUCGUUGAUUGGCUAAAUUCCGUCGUUUCAGAUACAUCACCUCACGAGUCACCUGAUUUGGGUGGGAGUGUGUUGGAUGAUAAAGAUUCUUGCAAACUGGGGAUUGAAAUCCAUAAGGAUACUGUAUUGCGGAAGUUGGGCCACCAUACUACAGAGUUUCUGUGGUUAGGUUCUCCUUGGACAUGCAGGAAAAAACGGAGGCAUUAUCAAUCUUUCAGCCGGAACAGUGUUGUAGUUUCUGUUCAUGAUUUUGUAUUUGUUUUAGCAGAGGAGGAUAAGCGUCUUGUUGCAUACUUAGAAGAUAUGUAUGAAGAUUCUAGGGGCAACAAGAUGGUUGUGGUACGAUGGUUUCACAAAGUUGAUGAGGUUGGUAUUGUUUUGCCUCGCAAUUUUAAUGACAGAGAGAUUUUCUUUUCUCUGUGUCUUCAAGAUCUCAGUAUUGAAUGCAUUGAUGGAUUGGCAACCGUCCUCAGUCCCCAGCAUUUCGAGAAAUUCCACAAGGAGGCAACACAAACUCAUUUGGAACCCUUUGUAUGCCACAAGCAGUUUGAUAAUGAUGAUUGCAAGCCCUUCGACAUUACUCAAGUUAAAGGUUAUUGGAAACAGGAGAUACUUAGAUAUAUGUGCACAGCUUCUCCUUCAAAGGUUCAUGGGAGUUCUCAACAAUCAACAGAGGGGUUGGAAAUGGAGGAAAAUGAUGAUGCCAAUGGUGUCAGACCUAAAAAGAGGCAUCAUUCAAUAAAAGGGUAUGAUGUGUGCUUGGAAAACAAUGACCGAAGUGAAUCACUGGAUGCAGUAUGUGUGGAUGUGGGGAAUUUAAGUAAACAUGGGAUUGAUUGCAGAAGUAAAAGCGAAGCCUGUGGUUUUGGAAGAGGGAGUUCUGAUGCUACUUUACCUAGUAAAGAGGUGAAGAAAACCCUACUGCAGCAUUUAGCACUGGGCUCCCAGGUUGAAGUCCUCUCACAAGACAGUGGCAUUAGAGGAUGUUGGUUUAGAGCUUUAAUUAUCAAAAAGUACAAAGAGAAAGUGAAGGUGCAAUAUCAAGAUAUUCAGGAUGCAGCUGAUGAAGCUAAAAAACUUGAGGAAUGGGUUUUGGCAUCCCGGGUUGCAGCUUCUGAUCAAUUGGGUUUUCGGAUUUGUGGUAGGCCAAUUAUUCGGCCGUCUCCACAGUCUAAUAAAUGCAAAGUUUCAUGGGCGGUUGAUGUUGGGACUGCUGUUGAUGUCUGGUGGCACGAUGGGUGGUGGGAAGGGAUUGUAGUUCAGAAGGAAUGUGACGAAAGACUUCGUGUGUAUUUCCCAGGAGAAAAACGGGUGUUGAUUGUCGGUCGUGGAGAAUUAAGACAUUCUCAAGAGUGGGUGGGUAAUGGGUGGGCUCAAAUUAAGGACGAGCCUGAACUUGUUAGCUCAAUCACGUGUAGUUUAGAAACAAAGCAAGUUGUGGGAAAAUGUUUAGAUGGCAUGUCAGCACAAUCUGCUAUCUGCGAUAGCAGGGCCUCGAAGAAAGAUGAAACAGGGUGUAAGGUUUCUUGUCUGCUCUAUAAAAAAGAUGAGGAUGAAAAGGUUAAAGAAUUGGGUAAGGUUCCAGAUCUUUUGAAAGAUGAUGUACUUGCCCAGCUGAAGUGGAAGUCGUCAAGGAAGAGAAGACGUAACGGGAGCUCUGUCCAGAAGGUGCAUUGCAUUGUUGGUGACGGUAAAAGCACCCGUGGCCUUGUGGGAUCCGGUACUUGUGAAAGAUUUAUGAUUCCGUCAUCUCUGAAAGUUGAUCAUGAGAACUGCAAAUAUUUAGGGGAUUCUCUGUUCAGUUCUUCAGUGGCGCCCCCACUAACAAGCUUAGUUAUGUAG